CCUAAAGGUUCCUGAAUAAUAUAUAUAGUUUGUUAACUCUGCCAAAGUUAUCAGUCUUCUUGCUGUACGAAGAGAGGAUCUUGUAUUUUUAAUUUGUUGACUCAGUCAGUGACUUCGAAAAUGUCUGGACGCGGUGAAGGUUCAAAAAUGCAAAAAAAGUCAAAGUCGCGAUCUAGUAAAGCUGGAUUGCAAUUUCCUGUAGCGCGUAUACAUCGACUUUUAAAGAAAGGAAACUAUGCUGAACGUGUUGGGACUGGAGCUCCUGUUUAUCUUGCUUCCGUCAUAGAAUAUUUGACUGCUGAAAUUCUGGAAUUGGCGGGUAAUGCUGCUCGUGAUAAUAAGAAAUCCAGAAUCAUUAACAGACAUCUUCAGCUGGCCAUUCGCAAUGAUGAAGAGCUUAAUAAAUUGUUAUCUACAGUCACUAUUGCUCAGGGUGGAGUAAUGCCUAAUAUUCAAGCGGUGCUUCUGCCAAAGAAGACUGACAAAAAAUAAAUCCUAAUUGAUUUAGCAAUUCGACCGGCCCUUUUUAGGGCCA